AUGGAUGAACAAGUUAAAAUUGUGUUGAAAUACUUGGAUAUUCAUGCUCAUGGGGUACGAUAUGUGGGGAUCUAUGGUAUAGGUGGUAGCGGCAAAACGACUCUUGCCAAGACUCUAUUCAACAGAAUCUCCGAUCAGUUUGAGGCUUAUAGUUUUUUGGCAGAUAUUCGGCAGUCUUCAAUGCAUGGACUUGAACAUCUGCAGAGGAAGCUCAUACAUGAUCUUUUGCCAAAUGACUCCAGAGUUAUUUCAGAUAUUGAUGAUGGGAUCAAGGUCCUCAAAUAUGCAUGUCAGAAUAAGAGAGCUCUCAUAGUUCUUGAUGAUGUGGAUAAAAAGGAGCAAAUUGAGAGCCUAGCUGGAAGUUCAAAAUGGUUUUCUUCUGGAAGUAGGGUAAUUAUCACAACAAGGGAUAUCAGUGUGCUUCCACUUCGGCAAGAGCAAUUGGAAAAAGGCAGCGGGAAGAAGUCUACGGAACUGUGGACUUUUGAAAUGAAAGAAAUGAAUUUCGAACAAGCUCUGCAACUAUUUUCGAAGCAUGCUUUUAAAAUGGAUUAUCCUCCGACUGAUUUCCUCGAUCUUGCAAAAGCAGUUGUCUCUGGUAUUGGACGACUUCCUUUAGCUCUUGAGAUCUUAGGUUCAUAUCUCUACGGCAAACAUAGAGAAGUGUGGGAAGAAAAUAGAAGCAUGUUGGUGAGGAUCCCUCAGAAGAACAUCCGUAAAAAAUUAUUGAUAAGCUAUGAAGCGCUAGAUUUUCGGACAAAACAAAUAUUCCUCGAUAUCUCGUGUUUGCCUACUGAUAUGAAUAUGAACAAUGCAAUUUACAUGUGGAAAUCUUGUGGAUUUCAUCCGGAAGUGGGAAUGGAAGAGCUAAUUUCACAAUCUAUUAUAAAAGUGAUGGAUGAACCAAGGAUGCAGGUCAAAGAUAUUGAGAGUGAAUUUAGUUCAUUGCGGAAUGCCUUGGUAGCUCUUGGAGGUCGGGAUCAUAGCCCGCUAUGGGAUAAGGAUCUUCGAGAAAUGCUAGAAGAGGGGAUGGUUGAUAGGAGACGGUGGAUGCUUGACCAUCUCAGAGAUCUUGGAAGAGAAAUUAUUUGCAUGGAGAAUUUCUUGAAUUUUGGGGAGCAUAGUCGGCUGUGGGAUAUUAAGGAAGCCUGGAAGAUACUAGAAGGAAAAGAGGGAACUGGAAAAAUCGAAUUACUGCCUCCUCUUUCUGGUGAUGCUCCUAUGCGAAAUUGCAAUCUUACAAAUUUUAAGGCUAUCAACCUAUAUUUGAGGAGGUUGGCCAUUCUUGAUCUCUCACAUAGCUACAUUAACGAGCACUGGGAAGGAUGUAGUAAAAUGAAGCUUGAACAGGUACCUGAUUCCAUUGGACGCCUUAAGAAGCUUGAGCACCUCUCUUUGAAGCAUUGCUCCGAGAUUCAAAAACUACCGGACUCAUUUGGGGAUCUACAAUCUUUAUCUACUUUGAAUGUAUCAGCCACAGGCCUCUUGGAGUUACCUGAUUCAAUCGGGAAUUUUAAGGAAUUGAAAAUUUUGAAGAUGUGGCAUUGCAGGGUGAGAACUUUACCUCGGUCUAUCGAAAUGUUGAAGAAGCUUCAAGAGUUGGAUGCAAAUCAAAGCUAUUUGCGAGGAGAAAUCCCAACCGAAAUUGGGAAGUUGUCCCGCCUGAGAAUACUGGACUUGUCGUAUACUGAUAUAUGCAUGUUGCCUUUGACGAUUAGUCAUCUUUCUUCUCUCGAAAAGCUUGGGUUGGAGGUGUGCAACAACCUCGAAGAACUACCGAGGCUUCCCGCCAGUUUGACCAGUUUAUGUUUCACUUCAGCGGUACUAAAGUGGGUCCCAGAUUUCUCAAAUCCAGGCAACCUUACUAAUAUGACCCUAGGCAAUAUUGGAAACCGCGGGCCAAUCACUUUGAGGUUAUCCCUUGUUCCAGGGAAAAACGUGAAAGUAUACUUGGAAGAUUACGAAAAGAUUUCUCAAGACGGGCGCCGGUUUUGGUCUCCAAAAUACUUAGGGAAAUGCUUCUGCAUAUGCAUGUCAAAUAUUGAGACACUACCAACAGAAUUAUUAGGCAGUGUCUCUCAGCUUAAUACGCUUGUAUUGGGUUGCCGUGGCUUGCUACGGAUUCCACCACUCCCAUCCAGUUUGUCUACUCUGGCUCUUAUGUAUGUGGGAGAAGAUACAAAGCUCCCGUGUCUUUCUAACUUGAAAAACUUGUCCUAUUUAAUACUCUGUGACUGUCUUAUUGGAAAAGUUGGAUUCGAAAGUCUUGGUGUUGGAGAAUUAGAGCAGUUGGAAACCUUGGUGCUAAUGGCUGACUUCAGCAUGCUUGAUGGCCUUCAGAUACCGGGGAGUCUACAAAUGUUUGAAUUGGUUGAUUGCGCUCAUGUUCAGAAGUUACCGGAUUUCUCGCAUCUAAAGAGUCUACAAGUCUUGAAAAUUGAAAACUGCAACGAACUCUUGCAGCUUCCAGACCUUGAAGAGUUAGUAUCAUUGCAGUUAAUUAAAAUUGAUGGAUGCAAAUCAUUGAAAAGCUUGGGGCCUCACCUGCCAGCACAUUUGAAAAUCCUGUCCCAAACGGACUGCGGAUGUCUCAGGGCGUUGCCUGAUCUAUCGCACUUAAAGCUGAAUCUAAAAUUGCUGGUUAUAUGGGAUGCAGAACUGCCGGUCAUUCCGGGACUUAGAGCUCUAGAAUCACUGGAGGGAUUAGGGGUCCUCGAUUGUCAUUCUUUGGGAUGGCUGUGGCCUCGUGUUCAAAGUCAGAGGAGUAUGAGGAAGCUUCGCCUAAAGAAUCUACAGGAGUUGGCAAUAAGGUGUGACAGAAUAAUGGAGAUUUCGGGUCUUGGAGAGCUGGAGUCAUUGCGUGUUCUGUAUAUUAAUUCAUGCAAUUCAUUGAAAACGAUAAGGCCUCACUUGCCAGCUAGUCUGGAGAAGCUCGACAUAAGUUCUUGUCCGAGUCUUGAGCAGUUUCCAGAUAUUUCAAACCUGAAGAAUGUUCGGGAGUUGACCAUAAUAAGUUGCAAUCAGCUGGGAGAAAUUCCAGGUCUUGGAGGGCUAAAAGUGGAUAUAGUAAAAGUCGAUUUGCAAAGCUUUACGUGA